ACUAUAAUCUGUGCCAGAGUGAGUAAAAGUAAUACGGUUGUUCUUGUUUUAGAAAUCCGAUAUAUAAUGAUAACAGGUUCACGUGUUCCUCGUCAAAAAAGUGUCUCAGUGAGUACAAUUUUCAGGUGUCUUUUGGUUUUGAUCAGACGAUCUAUUAAAUUCUCCUAAUCAACCUCUUCAAUUUCUUUUCUUCUUAAUUUUACUAAAGAAAACAGUGUGUUAAAGAGUACUUCUUCCUUUGAUAGGAUCUAGCUGGGGUUUCACUUAGUUUUCAUACUAAUAAUAAAUAAAUAAAAUCAAGAAUCAGAGAUGGUGAGAACACCAUGUUGCAAAGAAGAAGGAAUAAAGAAAGGAGCCUGGACUCCUGAAGAAGAUCAAAAGCUUAUUGCUUAUAUUCAACGACAUGGUGAAGGUGGAUGGCGUACUCUCCCGGAAAAAGCUGGAUUGAAGAGAUGUGGGAAGAGUUGUAGACUUAGAUGGGCUAAUUAUCUAAGACCCGAUAUCAAGAGAGGAGAGUUUACUACUGAAGAAGACGACACUAUUAUCAAACUUCAUGCUCUUAAGGGUAACAAGUGGGCCGCAAUAGCAACUUAUUUGGCUGGACGAACUGACAACGAGAUUAAAAAUUAUUGGAACACAAAUCUUAAAAAGCGUUUAAAGCAAAAAGGUAUCGAUCCAACCACUCACAAACCGAUCAAUUCAACCGAUCAAACCGGUAUCGGACCAAAAAACCUUAAGCGCAGUUCUUCCGGUUCAGCACGGGUUCUUAACCGCGUCGCAAGCAAAUACGCGGUCGACUUAAAUCGGGAUCUUGUAACCGGAAUCAUCAUAGGAAACUCCACAAUCAUCACACAAAACUCCGAGGUUGAGAACUCGACCACCAUACUGCUCAACAAAAUGUCGACAUCUUCGGGUUUCUCCGACAACUGUUCUUUCUCUGAUGGUUUCCCCGAGUUCUUUAGCAACCAAGAGAUCUCCGACAUGUCUAUGAGUGACGAUCAUGUUGGCCUUAUGGAAGAGUUAAAGGGUAUGUUAAGCUACGACAAUGCCGUCCCCGGAGAGAUUAAGGGUUCGCCGGAGGCUAAUAUAGCUGAUGAAAUGGAGUUUCUUGAUUCUUGGAACGUAGAAGACGAUCUGGACUUGGAGAAGUUUGUGAGUUCGUUGGAUUCCAGCAUUGGUGUCUUUGUUUGAUCCUGAGUCGAGAGGAAAAUCAAUUACACGUUGGUUUUCUCUUUGAUCGUGUGAACUAUGAUGGACUGGUGUAUCGCCAAGUGGCGGGAAUAAUGAGCUGUAGUAACAAGUUAAUAAUGAAAUAAAUAUUUGGGGGCAAUUCUCUCCGUGCAGUCUAUUUUAAUUUUUUGUCACAAAAAUAGUUCUUAACAAAAAAGACCAAAAUAACAAUUUUUUAUUUUAAAAUUUUAAUAUUUAUUUUAUAUUUUUUAAAUUUUGAAACUCUAUUCCCAAAAACUCCAUCCAUUAACUUUAAAACAUAAGUCUAGAUGUUAACUCUAGAUUAAACCUAAGUAUACAGUUUUACCCUUUAAUAAAACUUAUUUUUAUCAUUUUCUUUACUGAGAACUAAUUUUGUGAAAAUAAACUAAUUAUUUUUCGUAAUUAAUCUAAAGUCGUUUACAAUUCUUAUUAUUUUUAAGAAAAUAAAAAUAAAAAUUUGA